AUGUCUAAUACCAUUGCUUUAUACCCAUUGUCCAACUUCACCUUCAGCACAAAAGAAGCACAACCUGAGGAAGACCCCAGCGUGUCUGCUCGCCUACAACGGCUGCAGAACAACUACGAAGACUUCGGGAUGCGUAGGACGGUCGAGGGGAUUCUUGUUGUGCAUGAUCACGGUCAUCCUCACAUUUUGAUGCUUCAGAUCGCCAACGCGUUUUUCAAAUUGCCUGGCGAUUACCUCAAGCCUGGUGAAGAUGAAAUCGAGGGACUCAAGCGACGAUUAGAUGAACGCUUGGCACCACCACCAGGAGUUCAAUUCGACAACAUACCCAAUGUGAAAACCGAAAACAACGGCAGCAACGACUGGGAAAUUGGUGACUGCUUGGCCCAGUGGUGGCGUCCGAACUUCGAAACCUUUAUGUACCCUUUCAUCCCAGCGCAUAUAACUAAGCCGAAGGAAUGCAAGAAGCUUUUUGUAGUACAGAUGCCUGAAAGAAAGGUACUUGCUGUGCCGAAAAAUAUGAAACUCCUGGCGAUUCCACUUUUUGAACUGUAUGACAACGCCGCACGAUAUGGUCCGCAACUCUCUGCCAUUCCUCACCUGCUAUCAAGGUACGCCAUCAUUUUUAAACCUCAAUCCACGCCUAGUCAUGCUCUAUUUCGCCAGGUAUAA